UCUAACCUGCUGAUUCGGCCGAGCGCUCCAAAAUUUAGAAAUGGCGACAACGAUGGAAAUCGAUGAUGAUGAAUGUGAUUUGCCUACCUCGAGUAGUGGAAAAGGCGAAAAGAAACGUUUUGAAGUGAAAAAGUGGAAUGCAGUGGCACUAUGGGCUUGGGAUAUUGUUGUUGACAAUUGUGCCAUUUGUCGUAAUCACAUCAUGGAUUUAUGCAUUGAAUGUCAAGCCAACCAGGCAUCUGCUACAAGCGAAGAGUGUACAGUGGCUUGGGGUGUUUGCAACCAUGCCUUUCAUUUUCACUGUAUUUCACGUUGGUUGAAAACACGACAAGUUUGUCCGCUUGAUAAUCGUGAAUGGGAAUUUCAAAAGUAUGGUCAUUAAUCAGAAGCACAUAUUUAUACAACUCAGCAUUUUUCAGUCAGCCAUGUUGAGUAUAAUUCUUAAGUAUCCUCGCAAAUUAUUUUUCAUAUGGAAGUAUAAUUGUUAUAUAACAAAAACUCAGUGAGCAAGGGAAAAUAUGAUAUUCCAGUAUUGGAAAUAGUGGAAGAACUUGCACAGUGUCAUAGAUCUUUGUUAUUGAAUAAAAAUUUAAUUUGUAACAAUUAUAUUAUUAAUUCUAAAAUUUCAAGAUUAUAAUUUUCUCUAAACUAUGCAAACUGUAUUUGUAGAUAUAAGUUGAUAUAAUAAAUGAAAAUAAUCAAAUA